UCGAACUCCACUCCCGCUCGCCGGUAAACCCUUCCUGAUUCCGAAUUCGAUUCCAUGGUAUGUCGGCCUCCGGCGAUAAUCUCGACCUCAAUCUCAGCCUCAAUCUACCUCUAUCUAGAUUGCAGCUGGAGAACCAUUCCCUCUCCCCGGCGCCGCACCCUCGGAUUCCUUCUCUCCCGCCACCCGCCUUCGCCGCCGCCGACUCCAGUAAUGAUAAGUUUCUAGCUCACUCGAUGAUCGCGCAACGAUCGCCCUUCCCUCUUCCACCGUCGCACUUGCUGCCUCGGAACAAUGCGCUGAAUGAACUUGCAAAUGUUGGCUGUAAGUCUGGUGGUAAUGCAAGUAUCCUGAUUCCUAAACAGGAGGAAGAAGCGAGCAAAUUUGUGCUAGGGCCUUCAUCUUACAUGGGUGCUAAACGUCUCAGUAAAGCUAAAUCUUCAAAACAUGCAAAAUCUGUUGUUAAAGAUGCAAACCUAGAGGCUAUUGUGAACUUUGGUUUAAGCGGUUGCCGGUAUGACAGUUCUUUAGGUUUAUUGACAAAGAAAUUUAUCAAGCUUAUUCAAGAGGCUAAGGAUGGCACUCUUGAUCUUAACAGAACAGCUGAUGUUUUACAGGUCCAGAAGAGGAGAAUUUAUGAUAUUACAAAUGUUCUUGAAGGGAUCGGUUUGAUAGAGAAAACCACCAAGAAUCACAUUCGUUGGAAAGGAGUUGAGAUGCUUGGACCUAAGGAGCAAGAUGACAAAGUUUCUCACUUGAAGGCUGAAGUUGAACUUCUACGUGCAGAAGAUUGUAGACUUGAUGACUGCAUAAGGCAGAAACUAGACGACAUUAGGGGACUUGAUCAAAAGAAUCUUUUUCUGACAGAGGAAGAUAUCACGAGUCUUCCAAAUUUUAGGAAUCAAACUGUUAUUGCCAUUCAAGCUCCUCGCGCAAGCUUUCUGGAAGUGCCAGAUCCUGAUGAGGAUAUUGGUUUCUCUCAGAAACAACAUAAACUUAUUGUGAGAAGCACGACUGGACCUAUUGAUGUUUAUCUCCUGAGCAAAAAGGAACAGAAAAGUAGAGAUGCCUCAGUCAAGCGUGCCAAGUUGUUGGAUUCGAUGGCCAGGACUAGUAGCAGUAGGGUUGAUGAAGCCGAUCUGUCUUCAAGUCCUGAUACUUCAACGACCUCCAAGGCAUCCGGGUUCCAGAAAAUAGUCCCGUUUGAUGUUGGUAGUGAUGAUGACUACUGGUUGAGAUCGGAUCGUAACGUGAGCUUAUCAGAUCUAUGGAGCUCGGAAGAGUUGUAGCACUUCAACAGGAUGUGCAGACCAACAUACAGAGGGAAAAUGAAGGAUGUACAUAAGUUAGAACUACAGUUUUAUUUCUAUACCUACAAUUAUAUUGAGUGAUCAAUCUGGAAAAUGAGAUUCUCCAGUAUCUCGCAGAUUGGAGCCUAUCAUAAUAAAAGCCCUUUUUGCACUUUUGGAAUUUCAAAUGUAAAUCUUUAGCAUUCAAUGCCUAAAUAGUGUUUACAACGUGGGGUAAUCCAAUUAUUUGUUCCUUUUAAUAUUUUUA